CAAAACAAAAACGUAUUGGAGGAUUUGGUGUUGUUUGGAAAAUGGCAGCCAAAUUCCACAUUUCCUCCUCUCAAAUCACUUCUUCCUUUAGCCACAAAACUAAUGAUUCAUCAUCAACCUCAUCAUCUUCUUCAUAUUCAUCUUUCAUUGUUUUGCCUAAGUUCCUAUGCCCACCAUCUCCAUUAGGGGCUCAACAGUUCAAGCUUCAUGCCAAGUUAGGUGGGGGAGAUGGAGAAGUGAAGCCUAAAGAAAAAAAGAAGUUCAUAACCAAAGAGGAAGAACCAGAACAGUAUUGGCAAAGUGCUGGUGAAAGAGAAGGAGAGAAUCCAAUGAAGACGCCACUUCCUUACAUUAUCAUCUUUGGUAUGUCAACACCAUUCGUCAUCUUAGCUAUUGCUUUCGCCAAUGGCUGGAUCAAAGUUCCCAUUCGUUGAGCAUUUUUCUUUUUGCUUCUUCUUCUUGUUUAAGGCUGAAUCUUGAACAUGUUUCUUUGUCCUCUUCUUUCUUCGGCUGUAAAAAGAAACAACACUAUAGAAUGAUAUCAUUACAUUAUAAGGUCCUCUGCUACUACA